GAUGUUCUACUUGUUAAUUCAGCUGUGGUAGGAAUGUCCACCUCCCCUGAGACAACCGAUGUAGAAUAUCGGCGGGGGCUGGUAGAAAAUCAAUUCGACUUCUUGGAUUUAAAAAGCAGUCGGAUUUUUAUUCCGACAGAUGACUGGACCAGACAUUUGAACAGAAGAACGUCGUUAAGGGCAACAGAUUUAAGGAUGGAAAAACAUUUUGAGGCUAUGAACACACCUCGCCUUCUUGUCAGCAAUCUUCUCGAAAGUUUUGAAAGAUGUUCUCCAAUUCCUUCACAAAAAUAUCAUAUUGAUACAGAAUUGCUUCGAAUAUCUUUGGAUGUUAUGGAAACUAGAAAGUUGGCCGGUGUACCACAAGCUAUAGGUAUAGCUCAAAGUGAGGCUAAUAUUCGGCUCUCCACGAUUGACCCAAUCGUAAAAGGAAUUGCAAGAGCAUCGGGUACUAUAGUAGUAGCUGAGGCAUCGAUGAGAGGUAGCGACACUCUCACUGCCAACUCUGCCAACUCUGCCGCCACCGUUUCCACCAACAUUGACACCCCCAAUCAGCAAAAGCAGCUUUCACGCAACAUUAUUACAUUCUAUUCAGUACAUACAGGUACAGACCCUUCAGUGUGUGCACUUGUUGAAGUGAAAAGGAAGGCCAGUUUUAAUGACGAUGCUGUGUGCCAGACAAUAGGGUACUACAUUGCUCGAAAAAAUUCUAACCAACAUUCCGACAAUGGUCAGUCAUUUGUUUUAAAUGCAAAUAAUGGAUUCAUUUUGUAUUACUACCCUAGAUAAUUACCAUUUCCCCCCAUUGGCGAUUCUAUUCUGCGAGGAUGAAGUUAAAUUUAUUUUUUUCCCUUUCUCUAAAGACGAGAUAUGUGGUAUUGAAGCUGUUGUGACCUCCAGUGUGCGAUUGUUUAAUCCGUUCAGCUUAGGUGUUAAGUUGCUGGAUUGGAAAUUUUUUUCCUUAUAUUUCUUUUUAUAUUUCUAAUAUUUGGUCGGAAUUUCAAUCCUUGGACCCAGAGAAAUACAAAAUUCCCUUCCACCCAAAGAAA